CGAACAUCUUGGGCUUCAAAAUUCCCCGAAAAAGAAUAUCUAUCUGCAUCAAAGGGACAUCCAAGCUCAUUUACUCUCUCUGCCGCCUCUUUGGGUUGCGCUGCGAACCAUUGCUCGAGACUUUACACAUGACCUGAUCUUAGCUUUACGCAUCCUUCUUAUACCUCUUCCCGAGAUGCCUCCAAGAUUACCACCCUCCGCCGCUUCGAUCGCAGUACCUACUCCCUCCAUCCACACACACUGCAAAUCAUGUCUCCGCCGCGCCUUCUCUUCCACACCGGCCUCGAAAACGAGGUUACGAGCUGCGAUGUUUGCUUGGCUCCAAGGUCCGGGAGCAGUUUUCCAAAAGCCCUUAGCAGGUUCCACAAACUAUCUCUCCGCUUAUGACCGGCGAGGAAAUCUAUUACGAAGCAGAAGGGAAGCUCCUCCUCCUUCAACGCCCAACCCUGAUUUCGAUGGCCAAGAGACAGGGGAUAUGGCGGCCCUCGAGGCAGCUGCAGAAAACACCAAGUUACCGAGGGAGAGCGAGGACGACUUACGCCCAUUUCCACAAAAUCAACAUUUCAGAUCUCAGAGCAUACUCUCGGAAGAGCUGCAACAAGAAAUAUGGAGACGUGUGCAGGUAGAGCAGAAAUCAGUGCGCCAGGUCUCGGUCGAGAUGCGCGUGGAUAUGCGCCGAGUUGCGGCUGUGGUACGACUGAUCGAGGUCGAGAACAGGAUGCUCGCAGAGGGCAAUGAGCUCGCGCUCCCAUACGCACGAGCCGUCCACUCCAUGGUACCUGUAAACCAGAUGGAUCUCCAGACAGGCAGACCAAUGGAUACGCACGAAACGAUCAACGACCUCGAACAACACCCCCUAACAUACCCUCAGGUGUUCUAUCCGACCUCCGAGUCUCGCGCGUUCAAUCGUACCGACGCAGGCCGUGUGUUCAGCGGCGCUCCUCGUCUCCCAGACGAACUGGAUGUCGGACAGGGAGGCAAACCGGCCAGCGAGCCCUGGAAGGACACGAAGCCAGAGUACGUCGGCAAAGCGGGACACUCGCAUCCAAUCUUGAAACCGGCGGACUCACGGAUUCCGCACCCUCAAUUGAUUGCUUUCGAGAAAGAUAAGCGGGAUCCGGAGUUGGUAGACAAUGGGCACGAACUCAGGGCAAGGAAUCAGUCGAGGUUAGAUGCUGAUGCGCGGAAGAGGAAAGAGGCCAAAGAGACGAAGGCGAGGUUAGAGGAGGAGAGCAAGACAAGAGUGGAUACGGGACGGUGGCAGUUCAUUUUCACUGAUGUGGCGGCGACGAGAGAGGGCACUAGGCUUGAUGGACGGGGGACGAGGAGUCCCGGAUUUAGAUAUGGUGUGCCGAGCCAGGAGAGAAAGAAGGGCCAGGUUAAGAUCCCUACUAGAGUUGAGGUAUAGGUCUGCUCUACUCUCAUCUUGACUGGGUUGUGCUCCUUAUGUAUCAAAGAGUGAAAGGACUCUGUGAGACUGGCUAAUCUGGGUGGGAUUUGUACAUUACUGUGAGCCUGUGCAAGACACAUACUACUGUAGAAGUCUCGAAGACCUGGUUGGUAUGCUUGACAUGGAAUAUAAAAGCUGCGAUCGGG